AUGUCCGCAACGUCGAGCGACAAAGAAUGGCUAGAAAACGCCGAACAAGCAGAGUCCACUAACUCGCAUGCAAGCGAGUAUCCGACCCAUCCGCUUUCCCAACUACAGGGACCAUUCGAAGAGUCUAUAACGGAGUCGGCCGACCCUAAGUACCUGCAAUGGCAGGUGUUUAUUGAUACGCAGUCUCGGCGAGACCAGAUUUUGACGUCACCUAAAUAUGAACGCCUUUGUGGGAGAAGAUGGCGCCAAAGGCCGGGUGAGAGAUAUCACCCUCUUUGGAAGAUCGUCGCUCAAAUAAGCUUCGGUCUACAUCUGCUCGCAAAUGACCUAGCCAAGUCAGAGAUCCACGUGGUCAAAAUUCUCCAGACUCACGUAUCCGAUAUCGAUGGGUUUAUUGAACGAACGACAGAUGAUCUCCAACUGGCUCUCAAUGACAUCACAGAACGUUUUGAUCUCCUUCGAUUACCACUCGAAAACUUGUCCAUCUUCAGCGAGAUGCUGGAGGAUCCGACGUUCCGGCAGUCAGUUAUUAUAGAUAACGAGCGAAUCGAGCAUAUAAUAACCCGCUCCACCUUAGCUAUGGAUGACUCAUUAAAGGACAUAAGAAAAGGUAACGAAUCCGUCAAUGGGCUUGCAUUCUAUAUCAAAGAAGUAGGAAAAGAAUGGGUUGAUCGACCUCCCGAACUUGAUCCUAUUUGCGAAGCCAUGGUGGGUAAUGUCGACGGAUGGAAUCGCGAACUUAGACGCCUGAAAAGAAGUGUGCAUAAGCUUGCUAUAGCCUUGACACAAAUGACCAGGUAUUCACUGGAGAUCCAAAGACUGGUCGGUGUGGCUAGCAGGAAAGGCGUGGUAUUACCAUCCUCCUUCCCUUCAAUCAAAUUGACCAAGAAAUGCUGA